AUGUCUCCUAAUGAUUAUACAAUGACAACACAUAAUAAUCAUAAUCAUUCUCAUCAUAUUGAUGAUCAAAAUUUAUCUAUUGAUAAUAAUUCAAAUAUUAAAUAUUUAGUUGAUUUAUAUACAGCAGCAUUACAUUUAAGACAACGAAUGCGAGAAGAAAACUUAAUUCAUCGUUCAUAUUCAGCUUAUAUAAAUGAUAAAAAUAAUCCACGUUCAUUAUUUCAUAAUUGUUUUCAUUCAUGUGAAGCAAUUGAUUGGCUUAUAAAAAAACAAUUAUGUAAAACUAUUGAUGAUGGUUUAGAAAUAUUUCAAGUUUUAGAAAAAUUAAAAAUUAUUCAUCAUGUUUAUGAUUUAAAUGAGUUUGAAUAUCCAUCAUCAGGAUCGUCAUCAAUUAGUAAUGUUAAAUAUUUAUAUCGUUUUCGUCUUGAUGAUGGUACAGCUGAUCAUAAUCGAUCAUUUCAACAAUUUGCUUCUAUUUAUGAAACAUAUACCAGUUUAUUUACACUUGAUAAAAGUCAAUGUCGCGGUGUAGACUUACAACAACAAGUACCGUUAACAAAUCCUUAUAGUGAACAACCUGGAAUAGUACUUAAAGGUGAUAAUUUAGCUCGUAUGAUUGCAUUUCGUAGUGGUACAAAUAUGCAAAAUGUUGAACGUAUUGCUGAUGAUAUGAUUAUGUAUGGUCUCGUUCGAUUUGAUGAAUGUGAUCAACAACCAGAAUGUUCUUGUUCUACAAAUAAAUUUCAUAAUGAUAGUAAUCAUCAAUAUAUAUUAAGUAAUUCACAUCGUUUAUUAGCUGAUAAACGUCUUGAUCUUAUUGCAUUAAUGCAACAUGAUACUUUAUUAGUAUCAUCACCAAUAAAUCAUUCACCAUUACUAAAUCGAAAUUCAUCAAAUUCAUUUGUUAGUGUAUCAUGUCCUGAUCGUUCAUCAUCAAUACAUCAGAUACAAACUCAAAAUUCUCUUAAUCGAACACUAAGUAACUAUUAUUGUAAUGAUCCAUUAAACAAACUGUCACCACUACUACCAUCGAGCAACUGUUGCCAUCAGUAUUAUUCUCGUAUGUUACCAUCUACUGAAACAUUUCAUUCAUCAUCUUUAAUGCAACAAACAAAUAUACGACGACAUCGAUUAUCUGGACCAACAAGUAGUAAUAAUUCAUUAGUUAAUGAUGAACCACAAAUAAAUAGAAGAAUAUCAAAUGGAGAUGAUAUAGAUUGUACAACUAAAUUAACAUGUACAGUAACAAAUAAUGAAGGAUUUCGAAGAAAAAAAUCUGCUAGUUUAAAUUCACCAGCUAAUUCAGAAAAUCGUCCAACAGCUGAUGAACUUGAAAGAUUAGAAUUACCAUGGUGUUGGAAAAGUUAUUCACUGAAACGUGAUCGGCGUGGUUAUGGAUUAAUUCUUAAUGGUGAUGGACCAUGUUAUGUUGAACGACUGGAUCCAUAUGGUUCUGCGUAUACAUCAGGAAUUCGAAUCAAUGAAUAUAUAUAUGCAAUUGAAGGUGUUAAUGUUUUACGUCGUUCUGGGAAAGAAGUUGAACGUUUAUUAUCAAUGUUUGAUAAAUGUACAAUAUAUACUGUUUAUAAUCGUGAUGAUUAUUCACAAAGUUCCACACCACCUAAUGAAUAUCAUGCAAAUAGAAUAUGUCCAUUAAAACAACCAUCAUCAUUAUCAUCAUCAUUAAAUGAAUAUAAUAAUAAUGGAAAUACAUUAUUAACAACAUUAAAUCAACAUUCAUCAAAUCAACAAACUGUUUCAUAUUCAUCAUCACCACAAAAUCAACAAAAUUCUUCACCAUCAUCAUCUAUUGAUGGUGCAUCAUCUUGUUCAAUAUCACCGAAACAAUGUUUAACAACAAAUAAAAAAGGAACAUUAUCGAAACAUUUUAAUAUUUUUAAAUCAAAUUCUCGGUCUUGUUCAAAUACAUCAUCAACUAAUACAAUUAAAUAA